AUGUUGAGAGAUGUGCUUGACAUGAAGCUCGUAGUUAAAGUGUUUUACGCUCAUCCUGACAUAUCGAAGGACAAGAUCAACAAGAAGAGAUUUGUACUUGCCAAUAGACUGAAUGAUGAUGAUUACAGCUUCAUCCAGCAUCUUGAAAAGGUCCUAAAGUUCAUCAAACAAGCAACGGACUACUUCCAGAGAGAGACCGGCCAGGGGGAGCAUCCUGUGACUGUUGCAAUGGUUAUCCCUUAUAUUGAUCAAGUCACUUCCCUUCUCGACACCUUAAUCGCCGACGAUACCGCCCCAAUAGUUGUCAGAACGGGUGCUUGCAUUGCUAGCAAUCUGAUGAGUAGCUACUACUCCAAGACGGAUCAAAGUUUGAUCUACCGGCUCGCCAUAUUGCUCCAUCCCUCCAUGAGGAUGAAACACUUGAAAGACCAGAAAUGGCUACAGUCCUGGCAAGAUCAAGCUGAGAAGCUUUUGCGAGAUGUUUAUGCCACCUACGAGUCUGACGAUCAGGGUCCAAUCGCGGCUUCCUCGCCUGCAGAGUACUGGGGACCAACACUGAGUGUUCCGGAUGAUGAAGAUCAAUCGCAGGAAGAUCCGGUAGGCCAAUUCAUCAACGGCAGUCGUUCCACGGGCAAAAAUCGUGCAUUUGUAGAUCCUCUUCACUUCUGGCACUGUAAGAUGGAGGACAACUACGCCAACCUCAGACGCCUUGCUUUGGAUGUGAUUUCGACUCCUGACGUAGCCGGUCGUAACCACUGA